AUGCCUACAACCUUUCAAGGCUCCCAAGCUAAUGCUCCACAUUCAACAGCACUCAUGGACCAGCAGAUUGCUCAACCACAACAACAACAACAACAAGGAUAUAGAUCUCACAAUAUUAUUCCUUCUAGUGCAUCUCGAUCACAGCCUAUUCAAGGCAGGUUCAGCAAUCCAUACGUACACCUUGGUACAAUGCCCGAUCCAAAAUCGAGAAAUGACCAAACGCCCAAUCAGUACCACACCAGCACUCAUGGUAACACCAUCCCUUCUGAAAAUAGUAUUUAUGGCAUUACGGAUCCAUCAUAUCGAAAGUUCGACAACCCUAGCUUUGGCCAACGCUCAGGUCCAACUGCUGACUAUCCCAAAGACAAUCCAUCUGCUCAAUCUUUGUCACCGUAUGCGCAAUAUUCCCGAACGGAGACUUUCAACCAGAAUCGAUCGUGUGAAGCGUCAUUCCCCCAUCAGACCCAUGACGGCCGAUCUCAAAGUCCUUCUCGCUCACAGCUAACCAGCAAUAUCCACUGCGAUGCGACUUUCAAGUAUUAUAGAGUCGAUCAAGGCACUGGGCAGAGGACAAUUGUCGGGUCUAUGACCAUGACCGGUCUGGAUGGCGAUACUGCACAAGAGUGCGAGACCAAGCUUCAACACUCGUUACAUGGAACGUAA